AAAUUUCGGACUCGCUACAUCGGCCAAUCCGACGCACGCGUCUGCGGCGCGUGAAAUCCUCGAGCGCGCUGCAAUUGGCUGGCAAAAUAGGCGCGCAAGCACGGCCGGUGUGCCGUUCCGUGUGCUGAACCGAUUGAGCCAUAUUUAAGUUAAAUUGGCUGUCCUAAACAAUUGUCGGAGUAGCGGCAAAAGUCAGUCGUGUCGAAGUGUCCAAGGUGCAUUUGGGUGCAUUCGUGAUAGGUCACCUCGCGGACGGUGAAGAAAUCAGGACGAAUGUCACCCAGACGAACUCGCGCAGCCACGGUGGGACAAUCUGCUGUUUCCACUAGAUCUAAAACACAGAAAGUAAACAAUGCAGCAAACCAAGAUGUGGACAAGUCAGUGCAGAAAAUUAAGCAGUCGCAGAAAAAGACAAAGUCUGCUGCUAAGCAGCAGAUCAUUAAAGAUAAAUCGCCCAAAGUCAUAGAAUCACCGAUUAAAAAAUCCACAACGAAGAAAACUUCUCGUCGGAGGCUUAAUUUGGAUAAAAAAGGAGAAACCGAGGAUACAUCUCUGGUGCGAGACUGCAAUAUGGAUUCCAAUGAAUCGAUCAAAAUAUUAAGAGAUAACCAUUGCGACAAUAUUGCGACAGUGGAACUAAUCAGGACCAAUCUAACUCAGCUAAAUGCCACAAAAGAUUUAAAGAAAGUGUCUAAUAGUAAAUUACAACAAAAAACCUCUGGUAUGAGUGUAAAGCUAUCACCUCUCAUAGUCACUCCCAAGAGCACACCACCCAAGCUCAGUCUUACACCUCAUAGAUCUAAAAAGACCCCCAAAAAGUCGCCGAUUGCCUUAGGCUCUCCAAAGACUCAUUCAUUAGCUAUACCAAAGCUGCUUAAGAGCCCGAGAAAGUUGUCUCUUGCUGCUGCAGAUGAGGAAUCCCCUGAUAGAAAGGUAUCAGCAGCAUCACCAAAAAUUAAACACAAAAAAUCAGACAGAAAAUUAAAAACAAUGGUACGUAAAUUCUCGAAAUCUCCAAAAAUAGUAUUGAAGUUGCCGAAAUCGAAAUCAAAGUCGCACAAAUUGAAGUUAUCUCCGUCCCAGACGAGAAAGAAUUCAUUGAAAACAUCUAGUUCUACUGCUACCUCAAAUUUUAGCCAAAUUAGCGCAAACGAAUUAUCUUCACCCAAGAGAAAGAACUUGUCGCCGAUCAAACGUCGUUUAUUAAAUUCAAAGACAUUCACAAAGACAUUAACGGCUUCGCAAAUAAAAGACGUGCUGGCGGAACCAGUAGUGCUGUUGGAGAAGCUGUCGCCCGAGGAUAUAAAACGAAAAUAUACCCCUAGCAAGACCCAAUUAAAUACUUCACUCAAAGUGAAUAUAUAUCCCUUGAUUGAUGCAAGGAGAGAGAGUGAAGUAAUAGUCAAAAGAAUUUUUUCAGAUGUGUCUCCUAAGCGAAAUUCCAGUACUAAAUUAAGGAGUAGUAGCACAGAGAAAUUACGAAUUAGUAAUACUAACAAAAUAUCACCGAAAAUUAAACAUAACACAUUGAUACAAGAGAAAGAGAGGUCAUCUGUGCCCUUAAUGUCAUCUACUCCGCGAGAGGAUAAAACACAAUUAAUGGACACUAGUUUUACAUCCAAUACUUCUAUUGUUUCUGUAAAUAACACGUCCCUUAAUGCUAGAUUAAGACAUAGGAGUCAAUCCAAUGUGCACUUGUCUAGCAUAACGGAUAAAAAUACAGAUAUUGAAAAUGUAUCUAGACCUUCUUUAUUUGAUAAAGAAAUUAGUAAUACUAGUCAAUCUCGUUCUUCAAGUGUUGUGAAACGAGACGUUACUUACGACAAGAAUAAUACGAUGGAAAAGGGGCAAGGAAACAUGAAAGACAACACCUAUGAGCUGGAACAACCACAGACAUUAAAUUUGCAACAAAUGAUCAAUAACAAGCGUAUCUCAGUAAAUGCGAAUUUAAAUUUAAAAGACACUAUUAAGAAACCUAAAGUGCGCUUUGCUGAUAUAACGUCUGACUCGGCCAAUGCACGACAAUCAAUUAACAAGGUGAACGGAUCACGAUCGAGUAUAUCACAUAAUGUUAAUGCGCAACGUAGAAAUAAUGUCUUGAAUUCGGCACAUAAAUUAGAAAAGGAAACUCCAAAGUUUACUCAAAACUCACUAAUUUCUUCUUUCAAGAAAUCAAGUCCAAGAACGUAUGGAGGCACACCACAAGCUCGAGUAAGCUUGAGUAAAAUUCAAGUUACACCAAAAACUAAAGCGUUAGUUGAAAAUAAAUCAGACAAAAAAUCAUCGAUGAAAAAAAAAAUACCAAAUUUUGGAAAGAUACACGAGCAAAUGUUCGCCAAAUCGGAAUCGCUCGUAGAUGCAAAAAAACGUUUAGAAGCCAGACACCUAGCGUUCACUACAAACAAAACAAUUUCAAAAGUAAACGUGAAAACUGAAGGAAAGAAACCAUUGCCAACUGACACAAAAGAUGGUAUUCACAACAGAUUUGGGUAUAGGUUGAAAAAACCAGAAGCCACUCAUCUUGUGUUGAAAAAACAAACUGUUUUUUCAAGAGAGAAGCAGAAACAUGAAACACGAAUGAUGCUACAGGGUGUAAGAACAAAUCGACGGUUUGAACUGCAAAUGAAGGCUCGCAAUCUAGAUCCAUCGUAAAACUCCAUACUUUAUGCAGCAUGUACCUCGAUUUUUCUUUUUGUUAAUAUAAUUUAUCGUAUAAGUUUUUCUCUCUCUCGAAAUAGGUAUUUUUAUUAAUAUUCAUUUAUUUAAAAACUUUGAGGAAGAAAAAACUUUCAAGAAAUACUUCAAGUAUUUUGUUUAAUUAUAUUCAUGUAAAUAUUUUAAGAAAUGCAUGUAUCAUAUGCUGUCCUUUUUUCUUCUGAGGGAAAAUAAAUAUUGUUUUCCCUACACAUAUAAUUAAUUCUUGCUAUAUGUGUAUAAAAAAUAAUAUAAAAAUUAAUAAAAUACUGCUUUGAUAUAUGUAUGUUUGUACAAAUUUAUGUUUUCAUAAUAAGUCUAACUAUAAGUUACAUUUUUUAAUUGUUUUAUAAUUCUAACAAGCUAGAGGUAAACAUAUUUAAAAUCUUUUACAAAAUUUUAGAAUAAAAACUUUCGAAUUAAUACUUAUAUGUAAGGACAACAAAUGAUUUAACAGUUAAUAAAAUAGUGUAAGAUCAGCAUAAUUCGUAAGAUAAGCAUUAUAUAAUAUAAUUUUUGAAUUUUUUUUUUAAUUAAACCACAUUAAAUCGCACAUUUUCUAUAUUAAGCACUUAAUAAGUCACUCAAUUUAAAAAUUGAUUUGGCCAGCUUUUUAUUUAUAGAUAAGUCAUAAAUAAUGUUCGAUUUAUAUCUACAAUAAAUAUUAGCUGUUAGCAGUAUUGCCAAAUAAGCUCACAUCAAGAUUACUUAAUAAAAGUGUUCUGGUCCAUUGAAUAAUCUGUACGAAUUAACUCUUAGUACAUAUGAUGAUUUUUCGGUCCUCUACUAGAUACGAUUGAUUGUUUGCAAUUUUGAAUUAAUUUUUCAAGUAUACCAAAAUUAUUAAAUUCUUACACUUAUACUUCAAAAUUUUUUUAAAGUACUUAUUAGGAUGUACACAAAAAAUUUGUAUAUAAUGUUAAUAGUAUAUUGUGCGGUGAGUCCGGCUAUUGCCCGUAAGUGUGGGAAUUGAACGCCGAAGGCGAGUGCAUUUACCCGCUCGAACGGACAGUAAUCGAUCCGCACAUGUUGUACACAAUAUUUUUCAUUACUUGUGCGCCAAAGUAUGGUCUUUGAGUGUGAAUUAACACUGUGAGAAAAGAACCAUUUUCGACGUAUAUGUAUUAAAAAAUCAAUUACAGUGUUCCUAAUAUUGAUAUAAAAUAUUUUUUAAGAAAAUGUGCAACAUGAAUGACCCAAUCAUGUAUACUAAGGGAUAAUUGUAAAAUUACUUCUUGUAAUCUUACAAUUAGAGAAUGUAAUUUGAACAUUAUUUCUAAAACCCUGUUUUUUGUAUAUGUACACACACACAUACACACACACGUAGAUAUAUAUGUAUGCAUACGUACAUGUACAGGAUGUUUUGAUGUGCAUUAUUUAAUAAUGUUUAUGAUAGAACCAUAAUUUUUCUAAUUAAUCUUGAGAGUAUCUUUGACUUUGAAACAUAAUGCGGAAAGAGCCCAGCCUCCUCAAAAAUUAUGUAUUACAUCACCGAAAGAUUAUUUCAAUAUAAAAACGCCAUGAAAGCUGUUUUUUUGUCAGACAGCUUGAAAAUAUAAAAUAAAUAUUAUGUCUAAUUAAUCCAUCAUAAUAGGGAAAGAUCAGUUGAGUUUUUGCAAUGUAAGAGAUAAUACCAGAAUAAAUCUUUAAUUGAGAGUCUGAAUUUGACUUUAUAAGUUAAAGUCUUUUUAAUGAAGACUCUGACAAUGUAAGGUUAUUGAAAAAUUUAUGUGGUAUUUGUAUCCAAAAUGUGCUAAGAAGAAAAAGGAAUUAACAUUCAAAGUAAUACUGGCUUUACUUUGCUAAAGAUUUUUUUAAUGAGUGUAAAAUUAUCAAGAAGUCCAUAAUUUAUGUAAAUAUAUUUUGUAAAAAAGGGCAAAUUCAGUCUCAGAAUGUAAUCUCAGAAAAAAAGAAUGCAAUAAAAUCAUGUAUUGUGUUCUAAUAAAGCUUUUUAUCUUACCAGGCAUUUUCAAAAUAUUAUGUCCUGCUUUGAAAAGGGGAUUCAUAGAAAAAAAGCAGGAAGAAAAAUUUUAUUUCUUUUCUCUUAUUUUUAUGGAAGUCUCAGUUAGUGUUUCUGGAAUGAUGCGUGUAGUUUAAUUUUUAAGAUUGUUUUGAAUUCAAUUUUUUAAAAUUAUAGCUAUGGCUCAUUGGCUGCAUAGAAUUCCACAAACAACUUAAAGACUGUAGAUUAGACUAAAAAUCUUGAAUUUAAGAUUAGAUUAGACAAAAUAUUACAUUUAGGAUUCAAUUCUUCUAGAAGUAAUGAACGCAACAGAUGAUAUUUAUCCACAAUCAGUUUGUCGUUAUCUGUGUAAAAUUAUUCAAAUAAAAUAAUUUUAUUUUUAUUUA